AUGUCCCGCGUUUUGGUGCCUUGCCAUGUGAAAGGCACCGUAGCUCUGCAGGUGGGCGACAUAUGGACCUCCCACGGCCGGCCUGGUGUGCUGGUCAUUGAUGUCACCUUACCCUGUGUCACUCCGUUCGAGGAGAUCACGUUUAAGAAUUAUUACACAGCGGCCGGGCAUGCUUUUUUGAGCAUCCAUGUCUGUCAGCACACCUCAGUACACACACCGGCCAAGUGGGUGACCUACCUGCGGGACUACUGUCUGAUGCCCUACCCACACAGUGAGGAGGGAGCCCAGGAGUGUGUGUCGCUGUUCAAGCAUCAGAUACUGUGUGACACGGCCAGAGUAUCGGAGCUACACCUGAUUCUGCGGCAGCCAUCACCACUGUGGCUGUCUUUCACAGUGGAGGAGCUGCAGAUCUAUCAGCAAGGACCAAAAAGCCCCUCCAUGAUCUUCCCCAAGUGGUUCUCCCACCCAGUGCCCUGUGAGCAACCUGCACUCCUCCAUGAGGGUCUGCCAGACCCCAGAAGGGUAUCCUCUGAGGUGCAGCAGAUGUGGGCACUGACAGAGAUGAUCCGGGCCAGUCACACCUCCACAAGGAUCGGCCACUUUGAUGUAGAUGGCUGUUAUGACCUGAACUUGCUCUCCUACACUUGAAUGGUGGCUCCUAGCCAAGAUGUUGGCCUUUCUGUGCCCACUCAGACUUGGUUUGGGCCACCAGAGGCCGAAGUGUGUUUCCUGUGCAUUCCAAGUGUUGCCUAUAUGCCUGUUCUGUCUGGGCGACGUUCACAGAUUCAAGAUUCUCCGGGGCUUACUGUGUUGCUUCAGCAUGAGCUCCUCGCAGGGGUGUGCUCUGUCUUCACCUGGCUGCAACUCAAUUCUUCCUUCUACCCAAAAACACUCCAGUCAGUUGUACUUACUAAGAAUCUCUGAGUGCCCUC